AUGAUAACACUGGGUGUGGCAAACAAGGCAGAAGCGCUGACCCGUGCCGGCUUGCACAACAGAGCGUGUUGUGAAGUCAAUAUAUUGCCAAUUGGUGGGCUGAUCGGCCUCGCUGUCGGUCUCAUCACUAUCUCUACCGAAGACACCAUGGACACUGAUUGUGGUGGCCACUGUAGUGGAAUCGUCCGAAUUGAUGGUGAUAUUGCUGUCUGA